AUGGAGGACGCGGCAGCAGAACGUCGGGCCCGGCUCAAGGCCAUGCGCGCCAAUCUCAUGGAUUCAGCGCCUGAGGCAGAGGACAAGGACACAUCUUCUGCAGUCUCUGAGGCAGAGCCACAGGAGUCUGAGAGCAGUUCGGAGCCUCAGCUCAAGUUUCGCAACUACCGACCACAAACGGAGAUUGAGGGAGAGCAGAUUGAGUUGGCCAACGAUGAUAAUGUGGAAAACGCCGUGGUGCAAGUUCUGGAAGAAAAGGCGAAUGAUGACGUGCUGCAGCAAGUCACCAAGGGUCAGGCCAUCGAGGACGUCCUGUCCUUGGCACCUCGCAAGGUAGACUGGGAUCUCAAGCGCGACUUGGAACCCAAGAUGGCCAAAUUGGAGAAGCGAACAAAGCGUGCUAUUGCCGAGCUCAUUCGUGAGCGUCUGCAAGAUGACACUGAGGCAGAGGAGUUUGCCAAGGUUAAGGCGAAGGCCCAAAGCUGA